UCCUAAAGUAUUUCUUUUACAAUAGAAAUAAUAAUACAUAAAGUACCUGCAUCUGUGCGAUAUACCUAAACAUUUUCAUCAUUCCUCAUGUGUAUCAGGAUCACCACUGUCAAUUUGUUUUGCUGUUCCUGUGGAAAUAUGGACCAUCGUUAUAUUACAAAGGUUUUUCUGCUUGCUCACAUUGUGUUACAAGGAGCAGCUGCAAUAAAUGACACCACAACAGCAUCAACAGCAUUUACUAAAAGUAACAUUACUACAGAGACGCAUACAGCACUCUCUACUCUGGAGACAAUUAAUACCACAGCAGCUGGGACAUCUGGCACUGUGCUCACGACAACAGAGAAGGCAUUCACAUCAACAGCUGGAACAUCUGGCUCUGUUCUAACUACAAAUCAAACAACAAAGAACCCAAUGGAUACUAAAGUCACCUUUACCACAGCACUCAGUACUGUAAAGACAAGUGACAGAGCAACAACUGAGACAUUCACCACUGGUACAGCAUUUACAACAACUGAAAAAGGAACCGCGUCAACAGUUGGGACAUCCGCCACUGCACUUAGUACACUAAAGGCAAGUGAUACAUCAACAUCUGGGACAUCCAACACUGGCACCAACAUACCACAAUCAUCCUUGAUUACAAGUGCCAUUACAACAAAAACAGCAUUCACUACUCUAAAGUCAAGUAAUAUACCUGUGACAUCCGGCAAUGGCACGUCAACUGGAAAUACUCAAGGAACAUUUGCUACCUGUAAAAUAUAUGUGUAUUUAUAUUUACUGUGUAUAUACUUUUUCCUUUAAACUUCAUUGACAUUUCACUUAGUUCAAUAUAUUGGGGUUGGGAUAAUGAAUCACCUGCUGUCAAAUAUAUAUAUAGAGAGACACUAGGGGGGUUAUGUAUCAAGGUCCGAAUUUAUCUCAAUAUUGUCUGCUACA